AUGGACGAUUUCGACCGCGACUCCGCAGGGCGGGAAGCGGAGGAGGCUGAGGUGGAUCCGAUGCUGUUCGAGAACGGCAGCGAGGGCGGCGAAGCGGACGGGGUGGCGGGGCGAGCGGGCGACGAGGAAGAAGAGGAGGGCGAGGAUCUUCUGAGGGACGAUUUCCUGGAUGACUACCGCCCCAUGCCGCAUCUGGACGAGUACGAGAGGGAGCACCUGGCGGACAGUGAGGGCGACACCAGGAGCAGCGGGCAGCGGGCGGCAGACAGGCGGGCGGCGGAGCGAGAAAUGGCGCGCAGAGACGCCGGCAGGAGGGGCGCUGCGGGAGAUGAUGGGGGGAACCGACUGCCAUCUAUCCUGAGGGACCAAGGUGAGGCAGCGGAGGGGUUGGGAGUAGGAGUCUUUCCUCCCUGCCCCACCACUCGCCCUGCCUUAUUCUCUCCCUUCGCCUAUGCUCCUGCCCCCGCUUCCUUUAGCCGUUACCCUGCUCCUUCUCUUUUACCACUUCUUCCUACGACGAUGACAGUGGCCUCUUCACUCGCAGGGGGCAGCGCCGGCGACGCACCGACUCUGCUGAUGCUGCCGUGGGGACGGCUGCUGUCACGCCAUUCCUCUCCUCCUCCCUUCCCGCCGUUGCCGUGUUUCGUGACGCAUCAAAAGCCGUCUGUUUCUCCUCUUUUCUUGAGCCGUCGGUCUCCUCUUUCUCCUCGUGACUGUGCACCGGGUUAUGACCUUCCUCUCCCUUCUCCAUUCUUGCAGGGGAGCUUUGCUACAGAGGGCACAGGGGGAGGGGAGGAGGAGGAGGGGGAGGAGGAGGAUGAUAUCAACGAUGACUCGCUCUACAACAUGCAGGGCAGCCUGAGGGAGUGGGUAUCCCGGGACGAGGUGCGGCGGUUCAUGGCGCGGCGCUUCCGGCACUUCCUGCAGACGUUCAAGGACAGCAGAGGGCGGCAUCGCGGGGACAGCGAUGCCGACUAUGCCAUUCGCAUUCGCGAGCUGGUGGAAAUGAACAGCUGUUCAUUGGAGCUGGACUACUCGCACCUCCUCACCACCCACCCCAUCCUUGCCGUGUGGCUCGCCGACGCGCCCAAGCAGGUAUUGGAGGUGCUAGAUGAAGUGGCGCAGGCGGAGGUGUUCCGCGCCUUCCCCAUGUACGAGCAGGUGCAUGAACGCAUCUACGUGCGUGUGGCGGGACUGCCAGUCAUCGACCAGAUCCGCGACAUUAGGCAGACGCAUCUCAACUGUCUCAUCCGCGUGGGGGGUGUUGUCACUCGAAGGACAGGGGUGUUCCCCCAGCUGCAGCAGGUGAAGUAUAACUGCAUCAAGUGCGGCGCCAUCCUGGGUCCCUUCUUCCAGACGUCCUCCUCUGAGAUCCGCAUCCGCACGUGCGCUGAGUGCCAGUCCAAGGGGCCGUUCCAAGUCAACGUGGAGCAGACCAUCUACCGCAACUAUCAGAAGAUGACACUGCAGGAGAGCCCUGGUUCUGUGCCGGCGGGGCGGCUGCCGCGCUACAAGGAGGUGGUGCUGCUGAACGACUUGAUCGACUGCGCACGCCCAGGAGAAGAGAUUGAAGUGACGGGGAUUUAUGUGAACAACUUUGAUGCGGCACUGAACACGCGCCAGGGCUUCCCUGUCUUCUCGACGGUGAUAGAGGCGAACCACAUCAGCAAGCGGCAGGACGUCUUCGCUGCGUACCGGCUGACAGAUGAAGACAAAGAGGAGAUCAUGCGCCUGUCGAGAGACCCACGCAUUGCUGAAAGGAUCAUCAAGUCCAUCGCCCCUUCCAUCUACGGCCACGAGAAUGUGAAGACCUCGUUAGCCCUGGCCAUGUUCGGGGGGCAGGAGAAGAAUGCGGGGGGCAAGCACCGGCUGAGAGGCGACAUUAACGCUCUGCUGCUGGGGGAUCCGGGCACGGCCAAGUCUCAGUUCCUCAAGUACCUGGAGAAGACAGCCAACAGGGCGGUCUAUACAACAGGAAAAGGGGCAUCAGCGGUGGGCCUCACAGCAGCCGUGCACAAGGACCCCGUCACCCGCGAGUGGACGCUGGAGGGGGGGGCGCUGGUGCUGGCGGAUAGGGGCACUUGUUUGAUUGAUGAGUUCGACAAGAUGAGCGAACAGGACAGGGUGUCCAUCCAUGAGGCCAUGGAGCAGCAGAGCAUCAGCAUCAGCAAGGCGGGCAUUGUCACGUCCCUUGCUGCCAGAUGCUCCGUCAUUGCCGCUGCCAACCCCAUCGGUGGCCGGUACGACUCCAGCAAGACAUUCGGCCAGAAUGUGGAGCUCUCAGAGCCCAUCCUCUCUCGCUUCGACUGCCUUCUGGUCAUCAAGGACCUCGUGGACCCAGUGGUGGAUGAGCACUUGGCGCGCUUUGUGGUGGGCAGCCAUCAGAAGUCGCAUCCGCAGGCGCAUGGGCAUGGCAGUGAUGGGCAAGCAAGAGAGGAGGAUCCCGAUAUCAUCCCUCAGGACAUUCUACGCAAGUAUGUCACCUACGCCCGCCAGAACGUCUUCCCUCGCAUGCACGAUGCUGAUGCCGACAAGAUUGCGCUUGUAUAUGCCGACCUGCGCCGGCAGUCCCUGCAAGGGCAGGGCGUGCCAAUAGCGGUGCGCCACGUGGAGUCGAUGAUCCGCAUGUCAGAGGCGCACGCGCGGAUGCAUCUGCGGCAGUUCGUGACCGACGAUGACGUGGACACCGCCAUCCGCGUGCUGUUAGAGUCGUUCAUCGGGACUCAGAAGUACGGCGUGCAGCGGGCACUUGAAAAGUCCUUCAGUCGCUGCAUGUCGCACCGCCGGGACCUGCACCAGCUGAUGCUGCACCUGCUGAGGCAGCAACAACUUCCUCUCUAUCCAUCCCACCCACCUCUCCGAUUUUCCCUCUCCCCUCUUCCCUAUCUCCUUCUCCCAACCCCCAUCUUUCAGUCGCUACAUGUCGCACCGCCGGGACCUGCACCAGCUGCUGCUGCACCUGCUGAGGCAGCAGCUGAGGGAGGCGCUGAGGCUGCGGGACCUGGGGCUCAGGGAAUGGGGGUGGUUGAGAUGCGAGUGGAUGAGCUGGAAGCCAAGCCCAGCAGGCGCAGGGGAGGGGCAGCAGGUGAGGGGGAGGAGGUGGUUGAGAUGCGAGUGGAUGAGCUGGAAGCCAAGGCUCGUGAGUAUGGUAUUGUGGAUCUGAGCUCCUCUUUGCCAGCCGUCACUUCACAGACAACCAUUUCACCCUCGAUACGCUGCACCCCCCCCCCCUGUUCCACUCCCUCCCCUCCGUUUCCCCAGGCUCGUGAGUAUGGCAUUGUGGAUCUGAGCUCUUUCUUUGCGAGUCGCCACUUCACCGACAACCACUUCACCCUCGAUACGCUCCACCGCGUCGUGCUGCACCCUGUGGUGUAG